AUGCUGACAGCAAACCUCAGAGUUAAAACCUCCAUCCCACUGUGUCUCGCAAUUUAAUUAAGUAUAUAACACACUUUCAUAAUCAAUUUUCCUUGAUAAAAUUUAUAUUAUUGAAAAAAGAGUAACAAGCUCAGGUCAAUUUAGUUCCCCUCCCGCCCCCUCUCUUUUUAUUGGAAAAAUUAUCCAAGAAAUUUUGAAAGAGGGAGAAAAAUUUAUUAUUAUAUUACCAAAAAGGAAUAUUUUCGGCAUAGUGGAAUUUUUUCAAAGUAUUAGUUUUCGGUGUAUUGUUUUCUUUUUUAUCUCAAGUUAACAAUUUAGACAUUAGUGUUCGUGUGUGAUUGUGCUUCUCGGUGACAACGUAUAAUAUAAAGACUGCUUGAACAUUUUUUUUUUUUUUUUUUAAGAGAAAAAGAGAUUUUUGAAUAUGAACUCCAAUGAGCCGUGGAACCUUCCACCGAAGCAGGGACUCUAUGAUCCAUCCCUUGAAAAAGAGGCAUGCGGAGUUGGUUUCAUCGUCGCUAUCGAUGGAAAACGUUCGCACAAGAUUGUUCAAGAUGCCAUGAAAUUGUCAGAACGUAUGAACCAUAGAGGUGCAUGUGCAUGUGACAAUGAUACUGGAGAUGGAGCAGGUGUUUUAUGCGCAAUUCCACAUCAAUUUUAUGCCGACGAACUUCGAGAGAAGAAAGGAAUAAAUUUACCGGAAUUUGGAAGUUAUGCAACGGGCAUACUGUUUCUCGAUAAAAAUACUCAUCAGGAAACUGAAGCUGCAUUCGAGAAAUUGGCUAAGGAAUGUAAUUUAAGAGUAAUUUGUUGGCGAGACGUGCCCAUAAAUAAUUCUUGCAUUGGUGAAGUUGCAAGGAAAGUUGAACCUUACAUGCGUCAAGUAUUUGUUACAAGUGAUCUUGACACUGAAACCUUUAAUCGUCAGAUAUUUGUAUUACGGAAAAAAUCGACACAUACUAUCAAACAACCGGGUUUGAGGUAUUACAUUUGCUCUCUGUCUUUGAGAACUGUUGUCUAUAAGGGUCAACUUACAGCCGAUCAAUUAUGGGAAUACUUUCCAGAUUUGAAAUGUCCAAGAUUCGAGACUUACUUGGCACUGGUGCACACGAGGUUUUCAACGAAUACUUUUCCAAGUUGGGAGCGAGCUCAUCCACUUAGACUACUGGCACACAAUGGAGAAAUAAACACUCUCCGUGGGAAUGUGAAUUUUAUGAAAGCGCGCGAGGGAGUAAUGCGAAGUCACAUAUUCGGUAGUCAAUUGAAAGAAUUAUAUCCUGUCGUUGAGCCUAAUCUUUCUGAUUCUGGUUCAGCCGAUUGUGUACUGGAAUUUUUAUGCAUAGCGGGAAAUCGUUCUCUACCUGAAGCUGUGAUGACUAUGGUACCGGAAGCGUGGCAGAAUGAUAAAACAAUGGCUACGGAGAAAAAAGACUUCUAUCAUUGGGCUUCGUGUGCAAUGGAACCUUGGGAUGGUCCUGCUCUGCUCACAUUCACCGAUGGACGUUACAUCGGCGCAAUAUUGGACAGAAAUGGUCUUCGUCCGUCGCGUUUCUACGUCACUAAGGAUAACGUGAUGGUGAUGGCGUCCGAAGUGGGCGUCUAUGACACUCCGCCCAGCAAUGUUGUCCUGAAGAGUCGCUUGAAGCCCGGAAGAAUGUUACUUGUUGACACCGAGGAAAAACAAAUCAUUCAAGAUGUGGAACUCAAGUUGAAAAUCGCUAGGAGCAGACCUCAUUCCCAAUGGCUUAAGGAGCAGAUGAUAACAAUGGAGGACCUUCGACAAGCGUAUGUUGCAAAUGGUGGAACUCUCGAUAUUCAACAGAAUGGUGAUAAAAAUAAUGAAACUACUGGAAAUAAUGGUCUUAAUCAAGUGGAAAUGAAAAUUUCGGCAGUGAAUCGAGUUUGGGGUGGUGAUAAAAGACUCGCUCUAUUUGGAUACACUUUGGAAACAAUUAAUAUGCUCCUUCUUCCUAUGAUUCAAACCAAGAAAGAAGCUCUUGGAUCGAUGGGAAAUGAUUCACCACUCGCGUGUUUGUCUCAAUUUCAACCACUUCUUUACGAAUACUUUAAGCAACUGUUCGCACAGGUGACAAAUCCUCCGAUAGAUCCCUUCAGAGAAAAGGUUGUGAUGUCUCUACUUUGCCCAAUUGGUCCCGAAAGUAAUAUUCUUGAACCCAAUGAACUCUAUGUGCAUCGACUUUUCCUACCUCAGCCAAUUUUAUCUCUCAGCGAUCUUGAGGUCAUUAAAAAUAAUACACACCGAGGAUGGAAGACAAAAGUAAUUGACGCAACUUAUCCCAUUGAGGAAGGAACAUCGGGACUUGUAACAACACUUGAUCGCGUUUGCAGGGAGGCUAACGAAGCUGCUAGGGAAUCCUAUCAGAUUAUUGUUUUGUCCGAUAAACAAUGCGGACCACAGAGGGUUCCAGUGAGUAGUUUAUUGGUUCUCGGUGUGGUUCAUCAUCAUUUAAUUGAAGAGCGUCAGCGAAUGAAAGUUGGAAUUAUUUUAGAAUCCGGCGAGGCGCGGGAAGUACAUCAUAUUUGCGUUUUACUUGGAUAUGGAGCCGACGCUAUUUGUCCAUAUCUCGUUUUCGAAAUGGCAAGAGACUUGAGAGCCGAUGGAGUGGUCGAUGAAUCAUUCACCGACAAUGUCAUAUUUCAAAAUUACGCUGAAGCAAUGGAACGAGGAAUAGCAAAAGUAAUGGCCAAAAUGGGAAUUUCAACUCUUCAGUCAUACAAGGGCGCACAGAUUUUCGAAGCUGUUGGUCUUGCCGAUGAAGUUACCGAAAAAUGCUUUAAGGGAACUCACACUCGAAUCGGUGGUGUUAAUUUUGAAAUAUUGGCCAACGAGGCUUUCGAGAGACACCAAAUGACUUAUUGGGAAAGACCUGUCGAUCAGGUUAUUAUUCGUAAUCCUGGAAUUUUCCACUGGCGAUCAGGAGGCGAAAAACACAUCAACGAUCCAGCGAGUAUCGCGAGUUUACAGGAAUAUGUUGAAUCGAAGAAUACCUCGGCCUAUGAAAACUAUCGAAAAACGACAAUGGAAGCUGUUCAGGCUUGCACACUUCGUGGUCAACUACAAUUGAUAAAAUGCAAGAAACCAAUACCAAUAGGAGAAGUUGAACCAGCUGCUGAAAUCGUUAAACGUUUCGCAACCGGUGCAAUGAGCUUUGGAAGUAUUUCACUGGAAGCUCAUCAAACAUUGGCAAUAGCGAUGAAUCGAAUCGGCGGUAAAUCAAAUACUGGCGAAGGCGGUGAAAACGCUGACAGGUAUUUGAAUCAAGAUCAAGAAUUCAACAAGAGAUCUGCGAUUAAGCAAGUUGCUAGUGGAAGAUUUGGUGUUACUUCAAGUUACUUGGCGAGCGCUGACGAUCUACAGAUUAAAAUGGCACAAGGAGCGAAGCCCGGUGAAGGAGGAGAACUUCCAGGAUAUAAAGUCACAGCGGAAAUAGCAGCAACGAGGCAUUCGGUGGCAGGAGUAGGACUUAUUUCACCUCCUCCACAUCACGAUAUUUAUUCGAUAGAGGAUCUUGCUGAAUUGAUAUACGAUUUAAAGUGCGCCAAUCCAAACGCAAGGAUUUCUGUGAAAUUGGUUUCAGAAGUCGGCGUUGGUGUUGUCGCGUCCGGAGUCGCGAAGGGUAAAGCUGAGCACGUGGUAAUCUCUGGUCACGACGGUGGAACUGGAGCGAGCAGUUGGACUGGAAUAAAGUCAGCGGGACUCCCUUGGGAAUUGGGAAUAGCAGAGACACAUCAAGUUCUAACAAUGAAUAAUCUUCGUUCCCGAAUGAUUGUCCAAGCUGACGGACAAAUGCGCACAGGCUUUGAUAUUAUUGUGGGAGCUCUACUCGGAGCCGAUGAAUUUGGCUUCAGCACAGCUCCCCUAAUUGCAAUGGGAUGUACAAUGAUGAGAAAAUGCCAUUUGAAUACAUGUCCCGUUGGAAUUGCCACGCAAGAUCCAGUGCUUCGUAAGAAAUUUGCAGGAAAGCCCGAACACGUUGUCAAUUUUCUAUUUAUGUUGGCUGAAGAGGUUCGUUCCCAUAUGGCGAGUUUAGGAAUAAGAAGCUUCCAGGAUCUUAUUGGUCGUACGGAUUUACUGAAAGUUCGAGACGAUAUUACUUUGGAGAAAGCAAAGACACUGAAACUUGAUAAUAUUUUGAAAAAUGCACUCACUCUGCGGCCGGGUGUUAAUAUUAAAGGUGGAUCGGUGAGGCAGGAUUUCCAAUUGGAGACGAGACUUGAAAAUGUACUCAUUGAGAAAGCAAUGCCGGUGAUAAAUGGCGAACAACAGAGUGUUGAUGUAGAAUUGGUGAUUAACAAUGAAUGUAGAGCUUUCACGUCUACUCUCAGUUAUCACAUUUCCAAAAAAUAUGGAGAAGAAGGUCUUCCUGAGAACAGUAUUAAUAUUAAAAUGAAAGGCUCUGCUGGGCAAAGCUUCUGUGCUUUUAUGACAAAGGGAAUUCACGUGACACUCGAGGGCGAUGCCAAUGAUUACGUGGGAAAAAGUCUUUGUGGUGGUGAAAUUGUUAUUUAUCCACCGAAGGAAUCAGAUUUCGAUACUGCAGCGAACGUUAUUGUUGGCAAUGUUUGCCUCUAUGGAGCAACAUCGGGAAAAGCUUAUUUCCGAGGAAUUGCCGCCGAAAGAUUCAGCGUUCGAAAUAGUGGCGCCGUGGUUGUUGUCGAAGGUGUUGGCGAUCAUGGUUGUGAAUAUAUGACUGGAGGUUGUGCCGUAAUUCUAGGUCUCACGGGAAGAAAUUUCGCUGCUGGCAUGUCAGGAGGAAUUGCUUACGUUCUGGAUGUCGAUGGUUCAUUUAAAAGUAAAUGUAAUCCGGAAAUGGUGGAACUAUUGCCUUUGGACGAUCAAAAUGACAUUGAGUACGUGCAACAAUUGCUCCAAGAAUUUGUCGAGAAAACGGAUUCUCUCAUUGCUCAGGAUUUAUUGCAGAUUUGGCCCGAACCGACGACACGUUUCGUAAAAGUCUUCCCGUACGAUUAUCAACGAGCAUUGAAACAAUUAGAGGAGCAAAAGGAGAGUGAGACAGUCUCGAAUGGAAAUUCAGAUGAGACAGAUAGAGUAAAAGACAUCGAAGACGCAGUGCCUGAUUCUGAAAUGGAACAACGCAAACUAGAUAAAAUAAAAGGAUUUAUGAAAUACGAAAGAGAGAAGACGAAUUAUAGACAAGUGGAGAAGCGUGUGAAUGAUUGGGAGGAAAUAUAUAAUUUCCAAGGGGUUCGCAAAGGAUUAAAAGUACAAGCGGCGAGAUGCAUGGAAUGUGGCGUGCCAUUCUGUCAAAGUAGUCAUGGAUGUCCUCUUGGAAAUAUUAUUCCCAAAUGGAAUGAUUUAGUAUUCCAAUCGAACUGGAAAGAGGCACUCAAUCAACUUCUUCAGACAAAUAAUUUUCCAGAAUUCACCGGAAGAGUUUGUCCAGCGCCGUGCGAAGGUGCAUGCGUCUUGGGAAUCAACGAGCCGCCAGUGACAAUAAAAAAUAUUGAAUGUGCAAUAAUUGAUCAUGCAUUCGAGCAGGGAUGGAUUACCGCAAAUCCACCGCAGACGCGAACUGGCCGUAAAAUUGCAAUUGUUGGCUCAGGACCCGCGGGACUCGCUGCCGCACAUCAAUUGAACAAAGUUGGACACUUUGUUACUGUAUUCGAGAGAAAUGACAGGAUCGGCGGAUUGCUACAGUAUGGAAUUCCAACAAUGAAAUUAUCGAAAAAAGUUGUUCAGAGGCGAGUCACUCUUCUUGCCACUGAGGGAAUUACCUUCAAGACGAAUGUCGACGUAGGAAAAGACAUUUCCACUAAGGAAUUGAAGAAGCAAUUCGAUGCAGUAUUAAUUUGCACGGGAGCAACGUGGCCUCGCGAUUUGCCGAUUCCUGGCCGACAAUUGGAGGGCAUUCACUUUGCAGUGAGUUUCUUGGAGCACUGGCAGAAGAAGCAAAUGGGAAAUGAAGCCCCAUUAGAUAUGCGACUGAUCGCUAAGGGCAAGGAUGUAAUUAUAAUUGGUGGUGGCGAUACAGGCUGUGAUUGCAUUGCAACAUCUUUGCGACAGGGAGCAAAAACAAUUACAACUUUUGAGAUUUUGCCAGAGCCUCCAGUGAAGCGAGCCGAUGAUAAUCCCUGGCCUCAAUUUCCUCGUGUUUUCAAAGUUGAUUAUGGCCAUGAAGAAGUUCGUCUUAAAUUUGGACGUGAUCCACGACAAUUUAGCACCCUCAGCAAGGAGUUCUUGGAUGACGGUAAAGGCCACGUGAGUGGAAUAAAAACAGUAACAGUCGAAUGGACAAAAGAUCAAAGUGGACGCUGGCAAAUGAAGGAAGUUCCAAAUUCAGAAAAGAUAUAUAAAUGCAACUUGGUUCUUCUCGCAAUGGGAUUCCUUGGGCCAGAAAAAUACAUGGCAAGCGAGUUGGAGACAAAAUUGGACGGACGUGGAAAUUAUGAAACUCCUUUGGGAAAAUACGUGACAAGUUUGCCUGGCGUUUAUGCAGCUGGAGACUGCAGACGGGGACAGUCGCUGAUAGUUUGGGCAAUAGCAGAAGGAAGGCAAGCAGCAAGAGAAGUAGAUCAAGAUUUAAUGGGAGUAACAGGUCUUCCAGGUCCUGGUGGAAUCAUAUCCGCAGUUUUACAUUAAAUAUAGCCUAUAUAAUCAACAGUUUCUGAUCUCUCAAAAAAUGCGAAUUGAUUUCACAUGUUUAAUUGAAAUCAUCGCACAAUAAUUCAAAAAAAAAAAUUGAGAGAGAAAUAUACGUUUUAUGAAUUUUAGCAUGCAACUGCUGUUUUUAUGGAAAUUUUUACAUAACGUAGAUAAUGCGUUAUGAAUUGAAGCUAUACGACGAAAUAGAUCUAUUCAAUAAUAUCAGAUCUGAGUGCUAAUUGACGAGUUUGUCCGAUAACACAGUUGUUACGAUUACUGUAGAAAAAAAAGAAAAUUCAAAGACUCGUCUUUUUUAUUUAUUAUAUAUAAUAUAUUUUUUUUUUAAAUUUAAUUUCUUAUUCGUCCGGGAAAUUCUCUGAUAUCGAGAAAAUUCAAUAAGCAGUUUACAAAAUAUUUCUCUUAUAUAUAAGUUUAUAAUAUAUAUAUAAAAAUAUAUAUAUUUCGUAAAAUCAAAAGCAAUUAUAUUAAAAAAAAAAAGAAUAGUUUUUAGUACGAAACGCACCAAAGGCCUCUGGAAAAAAAUUAUGUUCGCAUAAUUAAUUCUUCGAAAAGAAAUAGAAAUUUUUUUUCUCAAAUAUAUUUAUUUGGCGCUUGUGAUAAAUAUCUUGAACAAUAAUAUUUAAUUGUGAGAAAAUUUCUUAGUGAUAAAAAAAAAAAUCUUUUUGGAUGUAUCCUUUUUUUGUGUAAAUUGAGAAAAAUGGUCAAUUACCUUGUAGAGCAUGCGAACUGUUUUAUUGUUAUAUAAUAUAAAUGUCAUGAUAAAUUUUGCUUAGGGUGCGCUAAUUAUACAAUUACUAUGAUAUUUACAAUAUUUUUUUUGUUCAUAGUUUUUGUUUCUUAUUUUUUUUUUUUCAUCGACUAUAUAAGAAAUCGCAUUCAAUUAAAUUUAUUUUAAAAAAAUAAUUUAUUUUUUAUAAUUUUCAUUCACGUAAAUUAAGGAUACUUAUAUCACACGUUAACAAAAAAUGUCGUCAAGUUCGAAUUAGUUUAUAGUUUUGUAGUUUUAGUUUCAAUAAUGUCAUUUAUAUCACUGUAAAUUUUUGAUGCAUAACGAUAAACUUCUGAGACAAUAAAAUUAUAUUGAAUGUUAGGCAAA